AUCCCUGGCUGCACCUCUGAACUGCCACAGGCCACACCAUCUUGGUCCUCACCCACCUAAGAAACACCCUUGACACUCUGGACGCGAGCCUAACCAAUCCUUCCCCAAGUCGUGGUCAUUCCCGAUUGAACUGCAUAUAAACCAAUGGGGCGGCACUUCCUGCUGAGCUGUGCAGGCCCUACUGUACCAGCUCAAUUACUUGCCUCCGGAAACCUAGGUAGGAUAUAAGAAAACCCACGGCAACUCUCGUCCGAAGUCGGUUUUCCCAUUCAUACCACGCCAACCUUACGACCAGCUCAGCGAAAUAAGAAAAACUCUUGCUCGCCCUUGCUCUGGUGCUGUCAGACCUCACACAACCUGAAACAACCUGCAACAUAAGUCCCCGAUCAAGUCAACCCCCGAUACCCACGAUCAAUAGCUCAACCAAAUCCUCGCAUCACAAAUCAUCGCCCCCGAUCGAGGUUUUCCUCUGCUUGCACUUGAAGCCUCGAAUCUUCGUGAAUCUUCGUCGGCAGGAACCGACUGCAAUCCAUUUCUCUUUUCUCGGUUGGCGAAUCAACUUCUUAGUUCGCCUUGAGCCAAAAGAUCCCAAAUUUUACCACACCAGGAGUUGCUGGAUAAAGCUUCUCAACCAUCGUAAACACUGGCCAGACGUUAUAUAACAGGAGUGAUGCCGACCCACGCACCAACACCUCCAAGCACUACUAGCUAUUCCUUUGUUUCCUAUCCCACAGACUACAUAUAUCCACACAACAACUACUGUGCACCACCACAGAGUGUGCACCCAAUGCCCGGAAUGUCAAUGCCACAAAUGGAACUCCCUGGAGUAGCAAAAUCUGGACCGCCCUCGUAUCCAUCACCAUACGCAACAAAUAUGGCAUACGCUCACCUCGGCCCUAUGGGCAACCCGACGCCCCCAAGCGUGAGCCCAAUGCUCGCUCACUCUCACCUCCCACCAAGCCCCGUCAUGCAUAACCCACAUUCACUUCCGCAAACACCACCCACUAGCCCCGACCGAUGCAAUGCGGACACCAAGGUUAUGCGACACAUCCUCACCGCCAUGACAAAGAUGCAGAGCACAAUGAAGGAUCUGGCGGAACGACAAGAGCAAAUCCUCGACCGGAUGAGCUUGCUCGAGCAGCGUGGUAGGUUUUACACCCAGCCAAUCCGCGGGAAAUGGUGCUAACGGUCUAUAAAUAUAGUUGGGCGAAUGGAUGAGGGCAUAAGCACACUUCUGGAGCAAUCGGAGGUGAUUGUCGACAAUUCGAAGAGCAUCCGAGUACGGGUGGACGACAGCGAGAGGUACAGUUAAAGCCCAAACCAGCUCUAUUGCAUGGGAUAAUAGGCUAAUCCCUCAAACAGUCAGGAUGCACAAGAUGCCUUCGAAAAUAGGCUAACAGCCCUGAUGGACGGUGUUGUCGAGAAGCUUGUCGGUGGGAUCGGCGAUGAGAUCAAGGACAUCAAACGACUUGUGAAAGAUACCGAGAAAUAUGUGAAGUUCGAUCCAUUCAGCUGGAACGGCCGAAUGGCCCUCGGACAACGAUACCGCGACGCCAUAAUCUUGGGCGAAGAGGAGCAGAAAGAGGUUGACGUCGUCGAAUGACUUCACAUAUAUUCCUUUCAUAUUUCCCGUCUGUUGUCUUUCAUUAGCGGAGUAGGUCUGUUGGCAGCAUUUUCAUGGAGUGUACUCUAACCAGUUGUUUCAACUUUGGUAUAUUGGGGGCUGGUUGCUUUUACGGUGUUUUCUGCUUCUUGUACCUAUUUCGGGUCUUUCUUUUUCUUCUUCUUUUGUCCAUGGUUGCACUGGUCUGUGUCUUCUUUCUGUCCAUAGUCACCGCAGGAGUAGGAGCCCAUGGGCGGGGUAAGAUGCUCCCAAACUGGAGUCGCAGCAGCUUUCCGAACCCCGCCGGUUCAACAAAUCAUAACUACUACUCCCAAUUAUUUGCAGCCCCAGGCAGAAAUUUUAAGAUCAUUGUUUCAGUUCAGACCCUAACGGUCGUGAAGGCAGUCCGAUGCAUACGCAUCCGUCCCGUCUCCCGUCUUUUCACCCCCGCACCAUAACAAGGGAUAACGCCAUCGGUAUUGCCAAUGGUUUGUUCAGAAAAAUUCACCAACACAGCCGGCCAAAAAUAACCAACUUCCCGGCUGGUAAACAUAUCCCAAAAUCCAUUCAACCCUAGGAUUGCAUCUGAGUGUCAUUCGGAACUUUGUGCCACCGGAGUUAAAGGGCCUCCCAUAGGUCUUACACAUUCCGCAUGCGAGAUGGCAACGACCCAGCCCGUGCAGGGGAUGACCGCGACUCGAGAGGGCUCGCUUUGCAGCGAGAAAACCCAACCCCAUAGGUCAAUUUCCCCGACCAAGGUAGGAUAUCGGUUGAUAGCCAAGGAACAUCACUUCGGGCACCCCAAGUGAGGUCAAGUACGGUGGAGGGCGGAUCGUGUCCUGCUGACAGCAAAAAAGAAAACCCCCCCCCUUUUUUCUCUUUCUAGGCUCACCAGCAGCCGAAUAGAUAUCAUAGGCAAUCGCAGGCGGUACGAGCAGAUGUCAACCCAUCCUAAUGCUGGAAUCGCCUGAACAGCCUGUCAGUGCAUAUAUCCCUGUACAGUACAUUACAGUAAAUAAAUAGAUAGACUUACGAGUUGAUUUAUAACUGCCAUCAUGUCGGUUGUUGUAAUCUUCUACGCUCUGCAGGUGAAGAAAUUUUCUCUCAAGGGUUGUAUC